AGCAUUGCUUAUCUGAUGCAUUUUCCCUCUUAUUUGUGUUGUUCUGUUCACAGAUUACUUGUAGACAGAGCUUUCACACCUUGGGACAAUGAGCUGUGUCGAACAGACUUAUCAUCAUGUUCCGGAACAUCUUCAGGGAUAGCAGGGGAUUACGUAUCAUAUAUCAGGGAAAGAAAAAUACCACAUUUUCGUCCACAUUCACCAACCAUGGAUGACAUGAUAUCACAUGGGUCCAAUGUUACUAGUGCUGAGGAGGAGACGGAGUUUAAUUUAGAAAGUUUUCAGUCUCACCGUGAACAGCUACUGCAGAUGCAGCGGGCACAGGAGGAACAAUUACGCAAGCAUGACACUCUAAUUCUGGACAGCUCGUGUAGCAGUGAACUCGAUCAUUCCUUUUCUUCUCAACCCACCUCAAGAUUCACACUUGAUUCAGAAAGUGCAAAAUUUGCGGUGUCUGCAGUACUUAACACAUCGCAACUUCAAAGUGCAACAAAAACUGGUGCUAGUACACAGUCUUCAUCAUUGUCAUCUUCACCGUCAGUAACAUCCACAAUCUCAAUAAAAGCCAUCAAACCAACGUCUAGUGUAUCGGUUGUAGCCAAACCUCUACCAACAGUGGCAAUUUCUGCAGUGUCGCCUGCAGUCACGUUGUCAUCACCUUUGGCAUCUGUUAUCCCUACAACAAAGACUUUGUCCAAUGGACCUAUAUCAGCACAAAGUAAAAUCACAGGGCUUUCAACGUCACCGGCAGCCACAGUGUUACAGUUAAAUUUUCCAAUCAGCAAAAACAAUAACUCAUCUGCUUCACCACUGACUACCACCAAAGGUUUAUCUUCUAGCCUGACCUCCUCCUCCUCAUCAUCCUCAUCAUCGUCUGCGUUCACACCAAUCAAUUCAAUAUCAAACAAGACUGUCUCGGCCGUCAGCUCAAAUCUCCUGAAAAAUUUCUCUAAGGCUGCACCACUGGAAAGUAUGAAGCAGAACCAUGACGAAGUGAGUCGUCUGAAUAACAUGAACAGUAUAAAGCAUGACAUGGCGAUGGAUGUGACCUGAUGGUAUAGGGUGAUCUGUGUUCAGCAGACUGUGAUCUCAUACAGCCCACCAAACUGGCACAGCGGCCACACACCAGCCAGUGUCACCCAAACUUUGACAUGCUGGUGUUGUCCAUGGUCGUAACGACAAGCAGGAUUGUACCAAGUGCAGGGGAGGAUAUCUUUGAGACCUAACAAGGAGGAGUAUGAAGUUAGAUGUACAUCAAGAGCUAGUGUUCAAAUAGAAGAAAACAAUACACCCUCAAAACUAUUUCAUCUCCUCCUGUGUUAGUAAUGUGAGAAGUAAUUUGUUUCUCAGAUUUCUUCUAACUGAUUUUGAACGUAAAUAUGUUGUAAUGCCAAACGGAGAAAAUUUUGAAAUAACACUGUAUGUGGAAAUAAAUGAAACAAUUGUUAGACAGCAGUGAUGUCUAGUAUAGUUUUGAUUCCACAGCAGGGAGUAGAAUGUUUUUGAGUAGUUUUGAUUCCACAGCACGGAGUGGAAUGAUUUUGAGUAGUUUUGAUUCUACAGCAGGGAGUGGAAUGUUUUUGAGUAGUUUUAUCAACAAGAAGUAAAACCACAUCAAUACAUUUUUAGACUCGAAAAGCUUAAUAUGAAUUAAUCUCCAAAAAAUAUUCCUGAGAGGAAAAACGAAUCAGUCUAGCAAAUAAUGGACUUGACAAUAUGACUGUUUUGUUUUGUAAAAUGCUAUCAAUUUUGCAUGAUAAAUAGAGCAAUACUUUUUUCAAAUUUCUCCAAAUUCUGCAAUUUAAAAUGUUCGUAUUUAAUACUGUUUAUUUAUGCCUUUAUUGUUAACCCACCUGUUGUUUCUGUCCGCUCUGAAGUAUUCAAUCAAAAAGAACUAGAAAUAGGGUUUCAGUAUUGAAAUAGAGACACAAGCAUGGCAUGGACUGAAUGUUCAUCUUAAUUUAAAUUUUCUAAUUAUUUAAUAAAAAGAUAAUUAUAUGAGUUUU